AUGGGGCGCAUGGCAUAUCUUGGGAAGACACUUCAUGGAAAAUACGGACCUGUUGUGCGUGUUGGUCCUAAUGAAGUAUGGUUCAAUAGCAAAGAGGCUUUCCAUGCCAUUUACAUGGCAACUGCCUUGAGCAAGCCUCACAUCGACUGGCAUCUCAACCCCGAAUUCCAAGAUAAUCUCGAUCUUCUGUCAGAGCGAGAUGCGAGACGCUACCGCCUUCAACGCCGACUCAUUGGGCCUGUGUAUCAGACUUCCAAUCUGAUACAGUAUGAAGCUGCAAUUGAUGAGGUUCUUGCACGCUGUAUCGCCAAGCUAAAGACAUUGAACGGUGCUCAGGUUGAACUCAACGAGUGGAUGCACAUCAUCGCCGUCGAAUGCCUUGGUGCGAUCGUGCUAUCCUGGUCGCCAGGAAUGCUAAAGAACGGCACUGAUAAUGGUUCUGGUGCUCACGCAUACCAUGGCUGGAGACGAAAGAGUGUCUUUGGUUUGUUCCCAAUGGCUGCUAAGCUGGAGUUCUUACACAAGUCAAUCGGGCGACUCUUCAGUACUGUCUGGGGCAUAAACUUCCAACCGCCAAAGGACUUCAGGCCAUUCUUUCCGGAUGUCGGCAAAAGAGUCUCAAGACGUGUGAACGCAGCCACGAAAUCCAAGCUCAAUAAAGAUGAUCGCAAAGAUCUCCUAGCGGAUUUGAUCCAGCUACAUAAAGAGAAACCUAACUUUACAGAACUUUACCUUCGCAAGAUGGCUGUGACCAACUUCGGUGCUGGGCAUGAGACCAUGGCAUCAACACUUACCUCGAUCUUUGCGCUACUAGGCUCAAACGAUGAUGUUCAAGCACAAGUAUUUCAAGAGAUCCUUGGAGCAAGUAAUCCCGCUGAAUACUCCACUGCAACUCGCUUAUCAGAGACGCAAUCACUCAUCAAGGAAGCCAAGCGGCUGUAUCCCGUCAUCAGCAUGUCAUUGCCGCGCAAGGUCCCCUCAGAAGGCCUUCAUCUUCAUGGCUACUAUUUCUCACCAAACACAACUGUGGGUUGUAACCCAGUAGCUCUGCAUCGCAACCCAGAGAUCUUUGGUUCAGAUUCGGAUAUGUUCAACCCAGCCCGUUGGUCAACUGCAGAUCCCGACGCAGCACGUACAAUGGAACGUGUCAACCUCAGCUGGGGCGGCGGCUCCAGAUCAUGUCCAGGACGACAUUUAGCAGAGCUGGUAGUCUUCAAGGUCGUCCCUGCCUUGGUGAAGGAGUUUAAAAUCGAGGUCGACGUGCCUCCCGAAGACAAGAAUCGGUCGUAUUUCUUGUCAAUGCUGAUAGGGGUCAAAGCGCGCUUCAUUGAACGAGACGCAGGGCUAUCGUCGGACAAAGAAUGA